ACAGUUGAUGUUGAUUAUUUUCCUUAGUGUUUGUUGUUUGUAUGUUUUUAAUUGUUGGCGAUUUAAUUUUGGUUAAUUAUGUCACUUUAUGGUAUUCAGGCUAUUGUUUUAGCCGCUGGUCGAGGGUCAAGGAUCCCUGAACUGGUCUCAUCUCAACCAAAAUGUCUUCUACCUGUUGGUAAUCGUCCAAUGAUUUACUAUCCACUUUACUCAUUAGAAUUGGUUAAAUUUACUGAGGUUACUGUUGUGGUUAAUGAAGGACAAGAGGAAGCUGUGAAUGAGGCGAUUCAUAAUCAAUUUUCAAUGAGAAUUCAUUUAUUUACAUUACCCAAUAAAGAUGAAGAUUAUGGAACCGCUGAUACAUUAAGAUUUAUGCAUGAACAUAACAAAAUUUUGAGCGAUUUUAUCGUCAUCAGUUGUGAUAUUAUGACCAAUUAUCCUCUAUACAAAUUGAUUAAUUUAUAUCGUGUACAUGACGCUGCGAUUACUGUUCUACUCUCAUCUACAAAUAUUAUCGCUGAAGGUUCAACCCCUGGAAAGAAAGGAAAACCCGAAUUAGAAAAAGAUCUUAUCGGUAUAGAUUAUCUUAAUGAUGAUCGAUUAGUUUUCUUCAAUUCUGAACUUGAAUUCGAAGACGAUGUUCCAUUCAGCAGUUCCAUGUUGAAAAGAUGCCCACAGUUCACUAUGCACAAUAGUUUCCUCGAUACUCAUGUUUAUGUUAUGAAAAAAUGGGUCCUUGGAUAUAUCAAAGAGAAAAGGCAAAUACGAUCAAUUAAAGCAGAUCUCAUCCCAAGAUUGGUUUGUAAACAAUUUAAAAGUUAUGUCAAUAUUGUUUCCAAUAAAACAAAUGAUGAUCUUGAUGCUGAUAAAGGAGAUAAAGUUGACCUGUUAGAUUAUGUUGAAACCGAUGAAGUAUAUAAAGCAAUUGAAGCUUUAGACGAUUUUAAUCUUGACCAUGAGACAAUUAAACCGACAACUCGAGAGAAGAAAAAAAUUUACCCUGAUAGUGCGGUUAAAUGUUACGCUCUUAUCCAAAAGGAAGGAAUCAGCCUUCGAGCCAAUACUGUGACCGGUUAUUUUGAGGCCAAUAAACGGAUUCGAGCUCUUUUUCCUAAUCUACCCAAGAAAGAGAAAGGUUCAGUCCCGACAACACCGACAACCCCAACUCCUGGACCAGCGAUUAAAACUCAAAUCGGUGCUGAUUGUCUUGUAUCUACUUCGAGUAGAAUUGGAGAUAAAACCUCAGUUAAACGUUCAUGUAUUGGUGAUCAUUGUAUUAUCGGGGAAAAGGCCAAAAUUGCUAAUUGUGUUCUCAUGAAUCAUGUUACAAUUGAAGAUAAUUGUAACAUACAGGGUAGCAUAAUUUGUAAUAACGCUGUCAUUUGCUCAUCUGCUGAAAUCAAGGAUUGUAUUGUUGUCGCAAGUCAUAAAAUAGUCACUUACGGUAAAUUUUCCAAUGAAGUGAUACCAUCAACUUUUGUCGAUGCCACUGAUGAUUUAUAAACGAUAAUUUAAUUACUAUUAUUUGAUUAAGAUGAAAAUUUUCCAUAAAGUUUAAAUUGUCUUGUAGUCGUAAUCAAUUUGUGAAUUUGAUACAAUCUACAAAAGUUAACAACCAAAUUAGAAAAGGACAAUGAAAAAAGAAAACAAUCAAAUAAUCAACAUAAAUAUAACCCUAAUUAAUUUAAUCACAUCAUUAAAUCAAUGAUCAUCAGUUUCAUGAUUUGCAUCAUUAAUUAAAUGGGUAAAUUAUCCUACUCGAACUUUUUAAUUGCUGAUAAACUUGAUUGAUUUCAUGAUAA